AUGUCAAAAACAUUACUAGGAGAUUUCUGGAAAAACAAAUCUUUGGCUAAGGGGUUAUCUUUGAAACAACCUGAAUCUACGGGUAACUGGAAAGACAUUGACAUUUAUAAACCAAGUAAAACAGCACUGAGUGUUGAAGAAUAUGAUAAACUAUUUAAACGAAUCCGUAAUGGUUUUGUAUUACAACAACUUCAAGAAUAUGUUAAAAAUAAUGAUGAUUCAGUAGUUGAGCAACAUGCAAAAGGCACAAAAAGCAUAUUGAUUAAGCAUAUUAUCAAUAAUAUAUGGAAAAUAUCAACGUUUUUGAACGAAAGUCAGUAUGUUACAAAUACAAAGUUUUAA